GCCCUGAUGUGAUUGACGCGUUUUGUUUCGUUGCCUAGGUCCACUCGACACUUGGGCUCGCCUGCUAGUGACAAUUUCUCGCCGGCCGGCCGGCCGCCCGCCCGCCACUCCCUGGACGGCACGGCAGCUCACACACCACACUAUGAUCACCGUCGUCGUCAUCCUCCCUCCAACAUUCUAUUUAUAGAUGCAAGCUCUAACCAGGAGAGCAGCACUAGCCAUAGAUACACAUAGCUGCUGAGAGAGGGGAGCGGAGCUCGCGCUCGUCGUCGACCGGACGAACAUGUCGGGCGACUGGGGCCCGGUGCUGAUCGCGACGGCCUUCUUCGUGGUGAUGCUGCCGGGGCUCAUCUGCGAGAUCCCCGGCGGCGGGGGGCGGGGGCGGCCCGAGUUCCACAGCAUGAAGACCAACGGCAUCGCCAUGUUCGUCCACACCGUCAUCUUCUUCGCCUUCUGCGCCAUCUUCAUGGUCGCCGUCGGCGUCCACGUCUACGCCGGCUAAACCUCCGGCGCCAUGCCUAUACAUACUGCUGUACUAGUGCUAGUGCAUGUAAGCAAGAGAUCCAGCGUGCCCUGUGCGUUCAAUGUUCGAUUUUUAUUUUUCCUCUAUUAUGAUCUAUAUGUGCUCAGGAUUGUCUGUCGGUUCAUCAACCUAUGACUUAUUGAAUGGUUGAUUUGAGCCA